AUGAAUUAUCGUGACACCCCACACCCAGCUACUGGUAUUCCCCCUGCUGCUAUGCUUUUCAGAGAGGGUAGUAAGAGUGCCUUCCCAAGAAGAUCUGUACCUGCAAAGCAAGUGGAAGAGGCUAGUGGAAAGGACAAGGCAAUCAAACAGGAUCGUCAGGACCAAGUUAAUGCAUCUAAGUAUAAGAUACCGUCAGAGUUUCAAAUUGGAGAUGAUGUCAUGUUACGAAAUUAUAGAAAGUCCUCCAAGUUUGAUCCUGUAUUCCUUCCAGAGAAUUGUGAGAUUGUUGAAUGCUCAGAUGAUGGUCGAUUCCUAACUAUCGAAAGAAAGCGUGAUGGGACGAUCUUUAAAAGACACCCGGAUGACGUCAAAUGUUACUACGGACCGCAUGAUACAGUUAUGGAAAGGGGCGUAAUAUCGGAUGAAGCUAUCGAAAAUGGGGAAUGGCAUAGAUGGUUUGAGCAGUGUAGACCCAAGGUAGAUGACAGUUAUGAAAGCGGAAAUCAAGAUGAGGAAGAUAAACAAGAGACUAACCACGUAGAACCAGGGCAUGAGAAUGGAGGCGAAGUAAGCAGCGCAAACGACUGCCCUGGAUCUUGUAUUCCUCGUCGAUUACAAAGGCUACGAAGACCUAACCCCAGAUAUAUUGACUACGAAAUGUAA